CCUCCAUUGGAGGCUUUUAGAGAAGGUUCUAAAAAAAACCCAAUAAAAAUAAAUGAAAAAGAAAAUAAAACCAAAGAACCGGUGCCAAACUAAGGGGUUUUGGAACCACUAGACACCCCAUACGUGCUCUGUUCUUAUUGGCCGCCUUUCUUUCUUCUUCGAUGGUUUUUUUUGUGUCUGAGAAAUCUAGUGUUGUUACCUCCUUCUCCAAAUCCGUUCAUUGAAAUCACCUUGUAGGUUCGAAUUAUUUGAGUUUUUGUAUUGAUUUGAAGCUUGUGAAUCUCGUUGGAAGUGAAAUUUGGUUUUGCUGAUGAGAUUAGCUUUGAUGAUGAGAUUUGAGAUUAGCUUUGACUUUGUAUUUGUUUGUAUAGAGAUAGCUUCUCACAUGAAAGUAAUUGGGCGUGAUUGAGUUUCCAGAUGGAUUACCUCCUACUACGUCGACAAGGAAAAAGGAGAAUCUUUCAGAGAUGGAGCAGCAACUGAAGAAGGCAGAAGCUGCUCAAAGACGAAAAGUUCAGAUUGAGAAGGCUGCAAGAGAGUCCGAGGCAGAGGCCAUUAGAAAAAUUCUAGGACAGGAUUCGAGCAGGAAGAAGCGUGAAGACAAAAUUAAAAAACGACUUGAUGAAUUGGCUCAGGAGAAAGCUGCACACGAGGAAAGGGCCUCAACAAGCUACAUCAGGACAAUAAUGGGUCCUAAUGGAACAACUGUUUCAUUUCCCAUUGACAAAGUGCCUAGCCUGUUUGAUCCCAAACCAUCUGGUCUCAAAUGUUACAAGGCAGUUCAGGAGCAGCAUCAGUAGCAGACUGCACCGGUUUAGAUAUUGAUUUGAUUUUUUCUGAUACAAAAGGUUAAGAACUCAGCUCUCUGAGUUUAUAGAGAUUACAUGACAUGUUUUAGUUUUUCUUUUGCUUUGCUUCAGACUUGUCUGAUUGGAUAUAGUUCAUUUUUCAUAUGUGAGAUGAGCUCAUGUUUAUUUGAAUUUUUAUUUAGGCUUUUCUUUCAUGUUUGUUUAAAAUUUCUAAUAAUAAAUUUGUAUUCUGUUUUUAAUAUGUUUUUAAGUCAUAUUUGUUUAAAUUUUAUGAAAUCUAAUAAUUUAUAAGUUUUAUAAAAUUUAAAUUUAAUAAUUCAAUUUCUAAAAUAAAAUAAAAAUUAAGAACCUCGUAGGAGUUCUACUAAUGGACUUUUUCAAAACUAAUUACAAUAUUUAAGGUUCUAAACUUCAUAAAGUACAUAAUUAACAAUUAAAUUAAUUUUAAGAAUCCAUUAGAGGCUCUAACCAAUGCAGGAAGGAAGGUAUAGAAUAUUUUGUAAUGGACUUUACACGUCAACGAGGACGUAUGCUUUGCAAUGAAGCAAAACAUUUACAAUAUUCUCCAACCAUACGCUCUUUCCUAACAUGUCAGAUUUUCAGAGAAUCUCAGAUCACUUAGACAAAACCUGAGAGUGUCUCUUUUUCUUUGAUUUUUUUUUGGGUGUGUGUUUGGUGGGGAGGAAGAGAAAUAAGAAUGAACGAUUGGGUUUCUCUAGGUUUAGGUUCUAUUGGGGGAGCUUUGGUCUCCGAGGUUCUGAAACUAAUAAUCGAAGAGGCAAAGAAGUACAAAUCCUUCAAACCCUUGUCCAAAGAUCUAGCGGAAACGAUGGAGAGAUUGCUUCCGUUGACCAAAGAGAUCGAUUCGAUGCAAAACGAGCUAGACCUUGGUUCAGGAGAGCUAAAGAAACUGAUGGAAACGAUAAAAAAAGCUUAUGUACUGGUUCUCAAGCUUAAAGACGACGACGUCUGGUUCUUCGAGAAAUCUAAGUACGCCAGAGAAAUAGAGGAUAUCAAUAAAGAUAUGACCAAGUUCUGUGAUAUUACUCUACAGGUUCUUCAGUAUAGGAACCAGUUGAAGUUGUUGAAUCUUGGGGGGAACGUUGUGAAUAUGGUGUACGGUUUAGAUAAGAAAAUAGAUGGCUUGAGCGUUCCCGUUCCCGUUUUCAAAGACCUUUGUUCGGUUCCCAAGCUUAAUAAGGCACCCGUUGGAUUCGCUUGGCCAUUGAUAGAGCUUAAGAAGAUACUCCUUGACGAUGCAGUGGUUAAUCUUGUGGUCUCUGCUCCUCCCGGGUGCGGUAAAACCACGCUAGCUACUCAGCUUUGCCACGAUGCAGAUGUCAAAGGGCAUUUCAAGCAUAUCUUAUUUAAUGUUGUCUCAAGUACUCCUAACUUUAAGGUCAUAGUACAGAACCUACUCCAGCACAACGGUUACCCUCCACAUACAUUUGAUAACGAUUCUCAGGCAAACGUUGGAUUGUGGACACUGCUGGAGAAACUCAGAGAAGUCGGUCCUAUAUUGUUGGUGUUGGAUGAUGUGUGGAGAGGAGCCGAGUUGCUGCUUCAGAAAUUUCGAAUUACCUUGCCAGAUUAUAAGAUCUUGGUGACUUCUCGGUUUGAUUUUCCGAGCUUUGGAUACAAAUAUCAUCUGGAACCUUUGGGAGAUGGAGAUGCAAGAGCCCUUCUCAUUCAAUGGGCAUCACGGCCUAAUAAUACGUCUGACAAAGAAUAUGAACUUCUUCUCCAAAAGAUAUUGAAACGCUGUAAUGGAUUCCCAAUCGUUAUUGAAGUCGUUGGCGUCUCACUUAAUGGACAAACUCUAACUACAUGGAAAGGGCAGGUGGAAAGCUGGUCUCAAGGGGAAACGGUUCUUGAUAUUCCUUCUCAGCCUACUGUGUUGGAAUGUCUGCAGCCUAGCUUCAAUGCGCUGGUACCUAAUCUCAAAGAGUGUUUCUUGGACAUGGGCUCAUUUCUUGAAGACCAAAAGAUACGUGCUUCUGUAAUCAUUGACAUUUGGAUGGAACUAUAUGGUAAAAGUAGUAGUAUCUUGUGCAUGAAGUACCUUGAAGACCUUGCCUCUCAGAAUCUACUCAAACUUGUUCCUCUAGGGAAUGAGACUGAAGAUGGUUUCUACAAUGAGUUCUUAGUCACUCAACAUGAUAUCCUUAGGGAGUUGGCUAUACGUCAAAGCGAAUUGGAAGCAAUCUUGGAAAGGAAAAGACUAAAUUUGGAGAUAAGAGAGGAUACAUUUCCAGACUGGUGUUUGAAGGGACCUGUUGUUAAUGCCUCUCUAUUGUCUAUCUCCACAGAUGAUUUGUUCUCAUCAAACUGGGUUGAAAUGGAUUGUCCCAGUGUGGAGGUUUUAGUUCUUAACCUUUCUUCAUCAGACUAUGCAUUACCAAGCUUCAUUGCUGGAAUGAGGAAGCUAAAGGUUCUGACAAUAACAAAUCACGGUUUCUAUCCAGCAAGAUUGAGUAACUUCUCGUGUCUCAGCUUAUUACCAAACCUGAAACGGAUCAGAUUGGAGAAAGUUUCAGUCACGUUGCUCGACAUUCCCCAGUUGAAACUCCGCAGUCUCAAGAAGUUGUCUUUGGUCAUGUGUAGUUUCGGUGAUGUUUUCUACGACUGUGAAGAUAUAGAUGUCUCUAAAGCCCUUCCUAGUUUACAGGAGAUUGACAUAGACUAUUGCUAUGAUCUUGAUGAGUUACCGUAUUGGGUCUGUGAAGUUGUUUCACUGAAGACACUUAGCAUCACAAACUGUAACAAGCUCACUGUACUUUCUGAAGCUAUAGGCAACUUGAGUAAACUAGAAGUGUUGAGGGUGAGUUCUUGCAUUAAUCUCUCCGAGCUGCCUGAAACUACUGAUAAACUCAGCAACUUGCGGUUUCUGGAUAUAUCUCAUUGCUUGGGAUUGAGAAAGUUGCCUUUAAAGAUUGGAAAGCUGCAGAAGCUGAAGAGGAUCUCGAUGAGAAAGUGUUGGAGAUGCGAGUUGCCAGAUUCAGUGAGGGAUCUAGAGGAUCUGGAGGUAAAAUGUGAGGAAGAAACCAGGUCGAUGUUGUGGGAAAGGUUGAUGCCAAAAAUGAGAAACUUGAUAGUUCAUGAGGAUGAAACAGAGCACAACCUCAACUUGCUUCAAAUGUUUUAAGUUGUGAUUGAAAGAAAAUUUUCCUAGCUUGUUUAUGUCGUGUAAUGUUAUUCUCAUCAUUCAUAUGUAACUAGAAGCAUUGUGUAUUCUGGCUUUGUUAGUAAAAUUACUGGUACAUAUUUGAUUGUUUUUUUUUAGCUUUUAUAUAUUUGUUUCGGUUA